AUGUCAUUAACCCGGAGCUCUUCUUCAGCCUCGAGUGGAACCGCUUCUCCUCCCAGCGAACAGGGUUCAGUUUCUGGUGAAGAACAUAUCUUCAACAGGGAUGGAUUUGCUGAGUUGGAGACCUGGGAAGACCCCACUCCUAGGCCAUCACCCUUUACUCUCAAGGAGCUGGGUGAUGCCUGGGUUGCUGCUGCAAAGCGCCAGCUCAUUCGCAGGCCCAAGACACCGCCCCGUGAGGAGCUGCUAAGGCGCAGCCAAGAGCAUGACCAGAAGAGUUUGAUAAUAGCGUUGAACGUCUAUGCCAAGCAAAACAAUAUGCAACCUACUGACCUCGAGGUAAUAGAAGUGAAAGCAAGAAACCUAAUCAUCGAGGGGGGAAAGGGAUACGUACACUUUAACUUUCUUGUGAAAAUGCAAGGUGACCCAUCUAGUUUGUUCUUUGCGGAGGUGCAUCCAGAUUGUAGAGAGGAGGAGGAUGUGUAUCUUUGCACCCCUUUGGAAGCUAAUGACUCGGGUAACUGUUAUGGGUGCAAGGACCGUGCAAAAGAGCUUUUGCAUCCCACUAGCGGUGGCUACUUGGGUGGGCACAAAGAUGUUGUUUUCCCCUUCAUUUACGGAAGUGAUGAAGAAAGUGAAGAUGAGGCCUGA